AACGACACACACAAGGCGAUACAGUACGCCUCCGAUCACCGGCGAUGCUGUGUACUUAGCAGCCGGGAUAAAAUCGCGCCAAUACGCAAUGACAAACGUUCGCGCACAGUGAAAAGUUUUACGCAUACAUAUUUUGAAAAUCCCUCCGUUUUUAGAGGCGCAUGCGCUCGGUCGCCGCUGUGAUUGGUCGGGGAAAGGAACACACAGACAACAUGAGUGGAACGAAACACAGUGCCAGUCGUUCGUCGUGCAACAGCAAAGGGAGCAUGAUUGUGGUGUCAAACAGAUUGCCUUUUAUUUUGAAGAGAAAUGAGAAGACCGGCGAUUUGGAGAGAAAAGCCAGCGCCGGUGGGCUGGUCACUGCGGUGGCGCCGGUGGUCAUCCGCGGCGGGGGCAUCUGGGUGGGCUGGCCGGGCAUCCAUCUAGAGGACCCCAACGAGAAGAUCCCCGAGUCAGACCCGAAGGACAAGGCGCCUACGGCCGGAUUGCUCUCUAAAAAGAUAGUGCCCAUCCGCGCGGAACCUAUGCUCUUCGAUAGCUAUUACAAUGGUUGCUGCAAUGGCACCUUUUGGCCUCUCUUCCACUCCAUGCCCGAUCGGGCCACUUUCAUCGCCGACCACUGGAGGGCGUACAUCAAGAUCAACGAGGAGUUCGCAGAGAAAACCGUCCACGCUCUUAGGUUGUUGAGAGACAGCAAAGAAAAGAAUGGCGGAUCACCACCUAUUGUUUGGGUGCACGAUUACCAUCUCAUGUUAGCCGCUAACUGGAUCAGACAGAAAGUAGAAGAAGAAGACAUAAAAUGCAAACUCGCUUUCUUCUUACACAUUCCAUUCCCACCGUGGGACAUUUUCAGACUUUUCCCAUGGUCUGAUGAAGUUUUACAGGGCAUCCUUGGUUGCGAUAUGGUCGGCUUCCACAUAACGGAUUACUGCUUGAACUUCAUUGACUGCUGCCAAAGAAACUUGGGUUGUCGUGUUGACAGAAAAAAUCUUCUAGUCGAGUUGGGCGGUCGCACCAUUUGCGUGAGGCCUUUACCAAUAGGGGUACCUUUUGAUAGAUUUGUGCAAUUGGCACAAAACGCGAAGCCAGUGCUCUCUACAAACCAAAAAGUGAUAUUAGGUGUUGACAGAUUAGAUUAUACAAAAGGCUUAGUACACAGAUUGAAAGCCUUCGAAAGAUUACUCGAAAAAUACCCAGAACACAUAGAGGAAGUGGUCUUGCUCCAAAUAUCUGUACCCUCGCGGACAGAUGUAAAAGAAUACCAAGAUUUGAAGGAGGAGAUGGAUCAGUUAGUUGGAAGAAUAAAUGGGAGGUUUACUACUCCGAAUUGGUCUCCUAUUAGGUAUAUUUAUGGCUGCGUUGGGCAAGAUGAGCUAGCUGCCUUCUACCGCGAUGCUGCCGUGGCCCUCGUCACUCCCCUGCGUGACGGCAUGAAUCUAGUCGCCAAAGAAUUUGUAGCUUGCCAAAUCAACAUGCCGCCCGGAGUCCUCAUAGUGUCUCCCUUCGCUGGGGCGGGAGAGAUGAUGCACGAAGCCCUAAUAUGCAAUCCGUACGAGCUCGAUGACGCCGCUGAGGUUAUUCACAGAGCCUUAAUAAUGCCCGAAGAUGAGAGGACAGUCCGAAUGAACCACUUACGACGGAGGGAACAGCUGAAUGACGUGGACAGCUGGAUGAAGGCGUUCCUCAAGGCCAUGGACUCGCUCGAGGAAGAGGCUGAUGACAUCGGCGCCACUUCCAUCCCACCAGUGACUAUUGAUGACUUCGACGAGUAUCUUUCGAAGUACAUCGGCUACACGCAAAAGCUAGCUCUACUGCUAGACUACGACGGAACCCUGGCUCCGAUCGCCCCCCACCCGGACCUUGCCACUCUGCCCCUGGAGACCAAGCACACGCUGCAGAGGCUGUCCAACAUGUCAGAUGUCUACAUCGCCAUCGUCUCCGGAAGAAAUGUCGACAAUGUCAAGAAUAUGGUCGGCAUCGAGGGCAUCACGUACGCCGGCAACCACGGGCUGGAGAUCCUGCACCCAGACGGCAGCAAAUUUGUGCACCCCAUGCCCAUGGAGUGCCAGGACAAGGUCGUGGAGCUGCUUAAGUCGCUGCAGGAACAGGUGUGCAGAGACGGCGCAUGGGUGGAGAACAAGGGUGCUCUCCUGACGUUCCACUUCCGCGAGACUCCGCUGCCGAAACGAGCAGCGUUAGAAGCAAAGGCACGGGAACUGAUCGCCGCAGCAGGCUUCACGCCGGCGCCCGCGCAUUGUGCGCUAGAGGCACGCCCUCCCGUCGNGCCCGUCGAGUGGGACAAAGGUCGGGCGUCCAUUUACAUUCUGAGGACAGCAUUCGGUCUGGACUGGUGCGAGAGGAUCCGAGUCAUAUACGCCGGAGAUGACGUCACCGAUGAAGACGCUAUGCUGGCUCUCAAAGGUAUGGCAGCGACCUUCCGUAUCGCGUCAUCGACCAUCACGAAGACCUCAGCCGAGCGUCGGUUGUCUUCCACCGACUCAGUCCUCGCGAUGCUCAAGUGGGUGGAGCGGCAUUUCUCCCGACGCAAGCCGCGCGCCAACUCGCUGACGUACAAAAGCGCGCGAAAAGCCAGAGACACGCUUCAAAUGCAAAUGUCCUACCACCUCCCCUCUAUGUCGCCUAAGUCCUCUCCCCCCACGACCCCGGACAAGGCAUCCAGCGGUUCAGAAUCCAGCUAAGCUGACGGAACAACAAUAAUUAUAAUUUACUUAAUUUAACUUUUUAUAGGGUUGUCCCAAUUUUAGCGCUGCGUACAGGUUAUAACCUUUUUUUAGCAGUUUGCGAAGUGAUGAUGGGAAAUGAAAUGAAUGAGCUUGCUCAGGUGGAGAAUAAACACUAUGAACUGGUGACUUUAGGUCGUAUGAAUUGGGGAGCACAGACGCAAACAAGUAAAAACCCUAUGAUUGUGCGCAUUAAAAAUGGUACAGCAUAGAAAUUUUUGAAAAGAAAAAUCUUACACAUUAUGUUGUGUUUUUUAUAAAUGGACAAUCCUAUAUUCGGAUGCCAUUCCAAUAAGUUUCCAGCGCUUUGAGUUCAACGAUGCAGCUGUUUAGUUAAAUGUUAUUAAUAUUAUUUAUAAAUUUAGCAAUUAUUUCUUCACAAAAAUGUUAUUACAACAUAUUUAUACGCAGUCGGUAACUAUAAGCAUACCUAAACUGAAAUAUUCAAUGCAAUUUGUAAUUCACAUUUAAUAUACCUUAAAACGUAAAAAUAAGUAUACAAUAUACACAUUUGUAAAACUUCUUAUCCUAUCUUAUAUCAAUUAGGUACGUAGUAGUCUGUAUGAAAUAUCUGAACUGAAUGUGAGCUAUGAUAGGUAUAUUUUAGAACCAAUCCUUUUCUAAAUGUCUAUAAUUAUAUUAGUUAAGUACUUACAUGAAAACAUAUGCGUUUGUACGCCGUAUAGCAGAUACAUCUGUAUAAUGCACUCAUAGGUAUAGGAUUGCUAUGUGAUAAAGUAGUGAUAUGGUAGUUACUGUUGAAUGUAGCAUUACACAUACUAUUGCACUAUUAUAACCGGUCGUAGCGCAUGUAAUUUACUGUAAAAGCACAAAUAUACUACGUAAUGCAAUACUGUUCUAGCAUAGCUUAGAUUUAAUUUUAUGGUUAAACCGAAAUUUUGUUAAGGUAGUUAUUACCGUAAGAGAUUCUGGCUAUCGAAUAAUUUUGUGCUUUUCAAGUUUUUGUUGUGACUAUGAUUAGUAUGUGCUAUGCAGAGCCAAAAUUAAUUUAUGAAUUUAAGUUGUAAAUAUUAUUUAGUGAAUGGGAUGAUUGUGAAUGUUUUAAGUACUAAUGCCGGAUUUGUAAUUAAAGUAGACUUUUUUAUAAUUUAAUUUUAGCCAAAUGUCAUUUCGGUUUCUCUGAAUUGUUCCUAUUAGUAGUUGCCUGCAAGUCCUGCAACUGAUUCGAAUUUGACAUAUACAUUUGACGCUUUAGUUUAGACGAAAAUUAAACCGGGUCAUUCUCACAUUAGUGUACCUGC